AAUAUGAGUCAUUGCCUUUCGUGAACGAGAACAAUUCGUUCACUUGAAAGAUUUGUUCAAAAAGAACGAUUCGUUCACGAACGUAACAUCACUACAUCAGACGUUUAGUCAACGGUCCGUGGGCGUGACGUCUGAGACUAUCUGAGCACCAGGCGUUUGGUUAAUGGCGAAAUAUGACCUGAACGGCUUUCAAUACUGAACGGCUUUCCAUACACUGGAUGGUCGACCGUCGCGACCGCAUCGCUCCCUAUUUGCGCGUGCCUAUACAUUUAAAUAACGAAUUUGCGUGCACAAAAGACGCGAAAUGUGAAUCGCCCCAGACUGACAGGCGGAACCGAUGGUCAAGUGCUAUUUGCUAGGGGAGUGUUUUAGAUGUAACGUUAGAAGCAAAGUGCGGCGGUCUAAGGAGAGUUUCGAGGACAUCGUUACAAUGAAGAAGUUCUCUAGAGUGACAUAUAAACUCUGUAUAUUGGAGUAAAUAAUGAAAACGGAUCUGUAAACGUGAACGACUAGCAACAUUGAUAGUUCUGGCGAUAUCGCUAAUUUGUUCAUUACCACUCAGUCAUCGCAGCUGUGUCAAAGGGAAACAAGGACUUCCUACGUCUGUACAUUGAAUAACAUUAGCGAGAUGAUUUAGGACUAUAAAGAGAGUUCUGUAAAAUUAGGUGUGGAAGUUUAUUGCAUAAACAUGGAUCUUGUUGUGCUUCGUCUGACCAGACUGAACGUGUCAACCUUAACAACUUUAAAUCGAUUCCGAUUAUUUACUUCAGGGAUUAGAUGGAGGAACCAGAGAAACUUUCACCCGUAUACAUCGAAUCCCACAAGGACACACUUAUUUUCCUCUGUAAAGGGGUCUGUUUCUCCUACAUCCCUGCGUCUGACAUCAACAUCACGACGACUCAACAUCUGUGUGACUGCAUUCAAACCUCUAGCUCAACGACUUCCAGUGAUAAUUCAACCCACACAUCAGUUUCAUACCUCCGGGAGUCUCAGAGCUUUACCUGCUCCCUUGAUAUGGGUGGUGCUGAAACCCAUACAGAAGGUCGUGGCUAUCAUACUGGGGAGGAGCAUCAGAAAAUGGUGGCGGGCUUUGCCACCCAAUAAAAAGCAAUUGUUUCGUGAAUGGACUUGGCAUCGACGCUGGCAUUUGGCAGGAGCUGGGGCAGGAUUUAUGUUCCUCGUAUCACUCUUCUGUCUCACACACCUGGAUAAAUCUCCAGUUACAGGCAGGACCAGAAUGCUGGUGUUCAGCAGGGAGAACUUCAUCGAACUGGCAAAAUUCACUGCAGAUGCGUAUAUGGAAGAGUUUAAGGAGUCGCUGGUUACUAACUCAGACCCUAGGCAUCAGGCAGUGGAGCUGUUAGUUCAGCAUCUGGCCCAGAGGAACCAGGACAUUGCUGAGAUUUCCUCCGUUUCCUGGAAUGUCCAUGUGGUGGAAGGACCAACCGUCAACGCAUUUGUUUUACCCAAUGGAGAGGUGUUUAUCUUUACAGGAAUGCUGGAAGCUGUUGCAGACAUCCAUCAGCUGGCCUUUGUACUGGGGCAUGAGAUGUCUCACGCUUUAAUUGGUCAUGCAGCAGAGCAGGCCAGUUUGUCUCACGUGGUGGAGUUGUUGUCUCUCAUCUUGUUAACUGCGAUCUGGGCGAUCUGUCCUCGUGACAGUUUGGCUGUGCUUGGCCAUUGGAUUCAAAGUAAACUAGUCCAGUUCUCAUUUGAUCGGCCGUUCAGUCGAAAGUUGGAGGCAGAGGCGGAUCAGGUUGGCCUGCAGCUGGCUGCCAAGGCGUGUGCUGAUGUGAGGGCGGGCCCAGUGUUCUGGCAGCAGAUGGAGAUCUCUGAACAGUUGAAAGGAGAGCCCAACAUCCCAGAGUGGCUGUCCACACACCCCUCCCACCAAAACCGUGUCAGACAGCUGAACCGCCUCAUCCCUGAGGCUCUGGAACUCCGUGCACGCUGCGACUGUCCCGCCCUACCAUCAGCGGACCCCCGCGUCACUUUCUCCCAAAACGUUCAACUGAUUUUGGAAGAUGCCAAGAAACAAGAGCUGAUGGAAAAAGAAGAAAAGAUUGGGAAAGAGAAAGCUGGAGUCAUGUUUCCCCUCCCUCAAACAGUUCCUGUCCCAGCACAGGGAGCUCAAGUGGGGGGGCUGCUGCCUACAUCCGCUCUGCCACAGAACUCUGCUUAGUAAAUGAGACUUGAUAAAACAUGACCGACAUGCACAAAUUCAAGCUUUCCUUUUUAGCUCCCUCUUUUUAGUCCAGUAGCUCUGAACAAGGCCCGGGCGUGUCGUCGGAUGGGAUUUUUGAUCCGUUACAUUUGUUGUCACUUGGAUACCCAUGAGUUUGCUGCCGUGAUGUAAGUCAAUGAAAUGAAAUGAGUGGGCAAAUGUAUGUCAGUCACUCCUUUAAACAUCCACAGUGUUAAUAAUGGAACCGUUCCAAAUGGGCUUUUGAUAAGUUUUAAUUGUGUUAUUAGCAUAAGACCCCUGUGAAGUUGAGUGCAUUGCGGUGUACAUUAUUCAUCAAAGAUCCGCCUCUACUUUAAUGUCCUCUAUAGGCUCUGGAACGUGACGUAACUGCUGCAUACAGUAGCUGUCCGUGCCGUUUGCAUACAGUAGCUGUCCGAACUGCUUUGAGCUCUCUACAUUAUUUAAAGGAUUUAUUAACAGAGACAGCAGGACCCAAAUGAUCCCUGCAUUAGAGUUCUUGAAAAGCGUCGAGUUCAUUUUCAAUUUCUUCACAUGCAAGACUGUUAGUGUAAGGAAAAUGUGACUAAAAUUACGCACUGAAUAAACAAUCAUUUU